AUGCGUUUCUCCCAGCUCGGAGCCGUCGCGGCUCUUGCUGUCGCAGACGCCUUCCUCCUGCCUCCCGAGAUCUCAGCCGCCGAUACCGACAUCAUCAACACCCUCCCUUUCGAAGAUGCCGUCGCCAUCGAUGGACGUGUUAUGGAAAUCAACUGUCCUGGAUGUCCUGUCGUCAAUGAUAUCGCGGACAAGAUGCACCCCACUCAAGUUGAUAGCGUUCUUAAGCUUGACUUCAGACUCGUCCACGAUGAACUCGACCGAUUGUAUUUGAAUAACCUCCAAAUCUAUCCCAUGGACCCAAGCUCCGCGAACUUUAUGGAACCUCUCACAGCUCCCCAGAUGAUCAAGAACGACGACAACACCUGGGAAUAUUCCUCAACACCGAAGUUAGGAUACGCAAUCAGUGUCGAGCGCCCUGUGGCCAGUCAGGGUCAACUUGAUCUUAUCUCUAUCCAUAUCGAGAUUAUCGAAGUGGCCGAUGUAUUCCUUCCUUCAAUACCUGCCGUGGAGAUUAAGCUGCUCGAGACACAAGGUCACAAAUUGAUGAUCGGCGAUGCCUUCAUCGGCGAGCCCAAGGUCGCCAGACCUAAAACUGAUGUACAGGAGGAGUGCAAAACAAUACUCUGCAAAUGGAGAGCCAUUGUUACUGACAGGCUUUCGAAACUGAAGGGAUGUGGUUCUAAGAAGCCGGCCGUCCCAGCUAUUCAAAGUAUCCCAGCUCACGAGACCCACGGCCAUCACGACCGCCCUCACACCCAUGGAAAGCAUCCCGAGGGACCUCACCGCCCAUUCCGUCAUCAUCGCCACAGACACGGUAGAAUCACACGCUUCCUUAAGGGUAUUGUCAUGCAUGUCGUUAUCCCCGUUCUCAUUGGCGUUAUGGUCGGAAUCACAGCCAGCCUUUUGGGAAUGGUUGUUGGUCACAUUGCCAUCUUUGUGUGGCGCAUUCUCUUCCGCCGCAACACCCCAAGACAACAAUAUACCAAAGUCCAGCAAGAAGAGCCUGCCGUUGAAGAUGUUAUGGAUGAGACCAAGGGCUUUGUGGAGCACCAGGGUCCACCUCCCGUGUACGAGGAGAUUGUGAUUGUUGAGAACGCUUCGGAGUAG